UGUACUGCUAUUAUUUUGAACAAGACUGUAUAAAAAAUAGUGCUGGGCAAAAAUGUAUCAUGAUUAAUGCUCUACAACUAGCAAACAGAAAGAGUAGUGUUAAUGUGGAGUUGACUGCUGACUAAUAAAGGACAUCCUGUUUUAGUUCCUCUGUGAUGCGUACACUGAUACAUGAGAGUGUGAAAGUGUAGUUAUUUAGUAUCUUAGCAUACUGUAUCAGUUAGCACGAUUUCCAAAUGAGUUUUGAGGUCAAUAUUGCAUGAUCUGUUGAAUUCAAGAUGAACACCUCACAUUUGAACAGCAGCAACACAAGUCACACGUGUUCUCCUGAGCCUGAGCACAUUUCUCUUGCUGUAAUACUCUGUCUGGUUUAUCUGUUGGGACUUCUGCUUAAUGGCUUCAGCCUGUGGGUUUUCACCUGUCGCAUUCGCAAGUGGAACUCUGGAGCUGUUUUGCAGUUCAAUCUGGCUCUAUCUGAUGCCAUCAUCACUCCCCUCACCCCUCUGAUGGCAGUAUACUUUGCCAUGGAUAGCAACUGGAUUUUUGGAAAAUUUGUAUGCCAGCUGAAGAUCGCCGUCCUAAGUGUACACUUCAAUGGCAGCAUCCUCUUCCUCACCCUUAUUAGCAUUCAUCGCUACGUGACUGUGGUGCACUUUAAUCGCUCAUCACUUAUGAAAAAAAAGAUGUUUGUGAAGAAACUUUGUGGUGGGAUCUGGUGUUUUCUAAUCAUAAAUGGCAUCAUUUACGGAUGGCUACUUCCGGUGACUAAUGAGGACAAUCGUAUGCAGUGUCUGAGCAUUCAUCAGACAAAGUUAACAGACUCAUACUUUAUUAUAAAUUUUGUGCUUUUUAUCUUCUGGUGUGUUUUACCCUUAUCUGUGUCUGUGUUUUGCUACAGUCGUCUGGCCAGCUCAGUGUCCCGUAUUAACAUUCAGUCUACUCAGGGUCAGUCCGUCAAAGCCAAAUCAAUGAAGAUGAUAGGCACCUGUUUGGUCAUAUUUGGACUUUGUUUUCUUCCUCUAAAUGUGGUUCGUACCCUAGGAGUGGUUGUGAAAAAGUAUUACCCUGAGAAAUGCAAUAUUAUGUUGCGGUUGCAAACAGCAUAUUACGUGUGUUAUAUAUUAGCAGGAAUCAAUUGUUGCUUAGACCCUCUAAUCUACUUUUUUGGCUCACGUAAUUUCAUUAAAGCGUUUAGGAGAUCUCUUAGGACGAUAGGGAUCAGACAGAAAAUUAAUAACAGAAGUGAAUCAGAGACAUUAAGCCAAAGUUUAAACAGAAACGCCAUUCAAGGGGUGGUUCCCCGGGCAGGGAUUAGUUUAAGCCAGGACUAGGCCUUCGUUUAAUUAGGACAUAACUAGUUUUAACAAACAUGCUUUACUACAAAACAUUACUGUCAUGCAUUUUGAGGCAAAACAAAGGGCACUGAUUAAUUUUAAGGUAUGUCAUUGCAAGUUGUUUUCAGUUUGAACAGCUCUUACAUUUAUUUUAGUCUAGGACUAGUCUAAUAAUCCCUGUCCGGAAAACCGCCCCAAAGUAUUUU